GAACAGACAGUAUCAUCUCUCAUCCCUACAUUCAAUUCAAUAUGCGCUCUUUCUCCAAGAUUUUGGCAGUUGCCAGUUUGGCCGCCAUUGCCAACUCUGCGGUUUUGAAGAGGGAUAACAAUGUCCUUGAAGUCACUUUGGUUGCUGGCGAGAAUGCUGUAGUCCAUGCUUCCGUCAAGAAUGUCGGAGCCGAAGACUUGAACCUUUUGAGCUAUGGAAGUCUCUUCGAUACUGCUCCAGUUCAGAAGAUCAAUGUUUAUGAAGGCGAAACUGCCGUUCCAUUCAAGGGAGUUCUUCGCGCCAUUCAACGUACCGACUUGGCCCCAGAGGUUUUCCAUACUCUUGCAGCAGGUGAAACCUUCGAGACCUCAUUCAACGCAGCCGAAGUCCACGAUCUCUCCACCUCAACCUACACUUUCGUAGCCGAAGGUGCCAUCCCCUUUGCCAAAGCCGGAUCCACCGAAAUCAGUGAUUCCAUUAUCUUCAAGUCCAAUGCCAUCACUGUUUCCGUUGAUGGUGAAGCCGCCAAGUCUGUCGCAAAGGCCAUUCCAUCUUCCAUCGACCGCAGAACCGUUCUCCAAUCCGGAUGUUCCACCAGCCAAAGAUCCGCAACCACUCAAGCACUUUCCUACUGUGCUUCCCUUGCUAGAGCAGCCUCCACUGCCGCAUCAUCAGGAUCCUCCACCAAGUUCAGCGAAUACUUCAAGACAACCUCAUCCAGCACCCGUUCCGUCGUCGCAGCUCGUCUCAGCGCCGUCGCUUCCCAAUGUAGUUCUCUCACCUCUGGCUCCACAAAGUACUACUGCACUGACGUAUACGGAUACUGUGAAUCCAACGUUCUCGCCUACACCAUCCCAUCCACCAACGAGAUUGUCAACUGCCCUAUCUACUACUCUGCUCUUCCAGCACUUACAGGUACUUGCCACGCACAAGACAGAGCAACAACCACUCUCCACGAGUUCACCCACGCACCUGCUACUUACAGCCCAGGAACUGCUGAUAACGGUUACGGAUACGCAGCUGCUACUGCCUUGACCAGUGCAAGAGCUGUCUUGAACGCUGAUAGUUACGCACUUUACGCCAACGCUAUCUACGUCGGAUGCUAGAUCAGAAAUGAUGCUACCAUCUCCAAUGGCAUUGAUAUCCGAAAGACCGUCCAAAUAUCAAGCUAUUAUGUUUCAUGGUGGAUGUUAAGACGUUUCCCUUCACGAAGUUUCUUGCCAGUGCUUGGGAUUAGAUACAUGAGAGUAGAUAUAUAUUCUAGCUUCAGUCGUAUUUAUAUAUCUCAUUCGUUAACGAAAUUUUCAUGAUCUAC